GAAAAGAAAAAAUUCACACGGUUGGUGGAAAAAAUUUCUUGUGGAAAGUUUUUCUUAAAAAAAGUGUUAAAUAUUGAACAGAAAUUGAUAGAAAUUCUAUAAAAACACAAACUUCAAGUGUAUAUUUAAUAAAAAUAUAUAAAAUAUGUAUAUUUCCAAAUAUAUGAGAAAAUAAGUGCAAGAAAAACAAGACUUCUUUAUAAAGUGUACAAAGAAAAAAAUUUUUUGCUUAAUUGAGGCUGCUGCUUGCAAGAUUUUUCUUGACGGGUAGACGAGAGACAAGAAAUCUUCUUUAAAGCAAACAUGGAAAACGUAGUAGCGUUUAAUAAUGAGCUCUCCGGGCUUUACGAAAGUAAACCGCCCAUUUCCAAGGCAAAAAUGGCGGCCAUAACAAGAGCUGCCAUGAGAGCGAUUAAAUUUUAUAAACAUGUGGUACAAAGUGUGGAGAAAUUUAUAUUGAAAUGUAAGCCAGAGUAUAAAGUACCGGGUCUGUAUGUUAUCGACUCGAUCGUACGACAAUCCCGUCAUCAGUAUGGUCCCGAAAAAGAUGUAUUUGCACCACGUUUCGCCCGCAACAUGAAGGAUACAUUUGCAAAUCUAUUUCGUUGUGCACCCGAAGAUAAAAGUCGCAUUAUACGCGUGUUGAAUUUAUGGCAAAAGAAUAAUGUUUUUGCUCCCGAUGUUAUACAGCCCAUCUUCGAUUUGGCCGAUCCGAAUCAUCCAAUUUACUCAAUGCCGCCACCGGGAGCCUCUGGCAGCUCAGCAGGUCCCAGUGGUUCGGGCAAUAUAAGUAUGACUGAUAUAUCCGGAUCUCAGGCAAAUGGCGGUUUGAAUACCUCUGGUGGUUCUAUGGAUAUGAGUUUGGGCGUCGGUGGCAGUGGUGCCCCUCAAUCAGAUGACAAACCACCCGGUGGAUUGGCCGAUCUAUCGUCUGCAAGUCCUCACGAACGUGCACAACGCAAUACUAACAACUCAUUGAGACAAUUAGAACAUAGUAAGCAACACAGUAAACGUUCAAAUAAUAACAGUAACAGUAAUACAAAUGCCUCCAAUAUGGCCUCGACCUCAAAAUCACGUGAACAUUCUUCGAAAUCAACUUUGGAAUCGAUUAAAAUUCAUCAUCCCGAAACUUAUAGUAAAUAUCAACGUAGCUCUCAUGACUAUGAGUACGAUGAUGGUGGUGGCCAUCAUAUGGCCGAUGGUGAUGCCAGCAGUGAUGAAUGUCUUGUUACUUCACCCAAGAAUUCCAAUAAUAUUUUGGAUAAUAACAAUCUUAAGCAAUUAUUAAAUGAUCCCAAUGUUUUACGUCAAUUGCAAACUUUGCAAAAUUUUACUAAAUUCAAACAAGAUGACAAACAACACAAUUUACGUUUGCAGGAGGAGGCUUUCGAAAAACAUUUACAAAAUGUUUUAAAGAAUUCCGCCUCUUCUGGCUCGGCCAAUCAAGAAGCUAAUGAUUUCAAUAAAGAAGUGGAAUUCGUUUCGGAGGAACAAAAAAUUGAGGUUAUCACUUUGGAUGGCAAUGAUUCUCGUAGUCCCACCCCAGAUCGUGAACGCUAUAAGAGACGUCGCAGCCGCAGUCGUUCCCGUUCACGUGAUCGUGGUGCUCGCAAUCGUCGAGGCCGCAGCCGUUCCCGCUCUCGCAGUCGUUCGCCACGUUCGAAUCGUCGUCGCAACUCUAGGGACCGAGAGCGUACCAAUCGUGACAAGGAAAAGGAACGUGAACAUGAACGUGAACGCCGCAAAAAGGGUCUACCAGACCUUAAAAAGGAACAUUUAAGUGUUUGCAGUACAACACUAUGGGUGGGUCAUUUAUCGAAACUUGUCUACCAAGAGGAAUUAUCGGAUACGUUUGGUGAAUAUGGCGAUAUUGUGAGCAUUGAUCAAAUAGUACCGCGCGGUUGUGCGUUCAUUGUUAUGAAUCGCCGCCAAGACGCCCACAAGGCCAUGCAAGCCCUCAAGAAUUAUAAAUUACAAGGCAGAGCCAUAACCAUAUCGUGGGCGGCCGGUAAGGGUAUCAAGAGUAAGGAAUGGAAGGAUUUCUGGGAUUUAGAGCUGGGUGUUACUUAUAUACCGUGGAGUAAACUGGAUGAGGGUACCGAUUUAGAUGCACUCGAAGAGGGUGGCAUGUUCGAUGAGGAUUCCAUGCCGGGUUGGAUGAAGGAGAAGAUAAACAAGUUGAAGAGUUUGAAGGAAGGUGGUGGUGGCAGUGAGCAUUUGAAAUUGCCUAGUGGUGGGGCUGGUAUGUCGGGUCCGCCACCGGCUCUGCCGCCUGGUGGAAAUCCGGGUAUGAUGUUUGGUAUAGACACAACACAGCCACCACCGGGUCCUCCACCCACCGGUGGUCCACCGCCCAUGUUACCCAUGGUACCGGGUCAAUUCUCAAUGGCGCCACCCAUGGGCGGACCGCCAAGAAUGCUGGGACCUCACAUGGGUAUGCCAAUAUCUGGUAUACAUAUGCCGCCUAAUAUAGUGCCUCCUCAUGCUAUGAUGAUGAUGCCUGGCUUUGGUAUGGCGGGACCAGGUGGUGCUCCCCCAAUGGGUCCUCCACAUAUGCCUCCUAUGGGUGGACAUCCCACACAAUUUCCACCACCCGGCGGACCACCAGCUUCAGCUUCAAUGGCUUCCAAUGUGUCCAGUGACGAUCAAAUGGAUAUUGAGAUGGAAGACGAAGAGGGAGCCACAGUGGCUACAGCAUCAAGUGCACCGGCUGGUGGCAUCGGCAAUGGUAUGAAUUUCUCACAGCCUCCUCCAGCUUUUGCGGGUGGAAGUGCAGAAAAUCCAGCAGCUGCUGCCAUCGAACCAUUUUCACGUGAACGCAAUCGUGGUGGUGUGGUUGGUUCCCGAUGGGGAGGACGUGGUGGCGGUGCCGGUCCUGAUGAGGAUGUCAAUGAGGGUAGAUGGCGUGAGAAUGGCGGUCCACCGCCCCAAGGCGGACCACAUAAUUUCCCAGACUCAGGGCCACGUAAUCCUGGUGGACCACAUAGGCCUGAUUUUAUGAAUGAUUUUGACAAACGUGGAGGAGGUCCCGGGCCUCGCGGUGGUGGUCACAAUUUCAAUGGUGGCGGCGGUGAUUUUCAUCCCAAUAUGCAAAAUCGCUUUAAUCAACCUACAAAUUUAAUGCAAAUGCGUAUACCUCCACCAAAUGCGUUUAAUCAAAGAGGUGGUCCCGGUGGUGGUGGUGGUGGACCACCCAUGUUUAUGCGUGGCGGCCAAGGUGGACCUGGUGCUCAAGGUGGUGGCCGCCAACAAGGACCUGGAUUCUUCAAUAGAAACAAUCCCUUUGAUCGCGAAAUUAACGAAGGCUUUGGUGGUCGUGGCAGGGGUCGCGGCGCAGGUCGAGGAGGUGGUCGUGGCGGUCGCGGUGGUGGCUUCGGAGGUGGUCCUCAUGGCGGUAAUUGGAGUGAUGAAGAAGGUGACGAUGGUGGUUUCAAAAGACGUGGUGCCGGUGGUAUGGGAGGCAAUCGUUUUCGUGAUCGUGAGGGCAGUGCUGAUCGCUUCAGCAUGCGUGAUAAUAAUAACAGAGGUGCACGUCGUGGACCAGGUGGUCCACCACGAGAACGCAGUGACAGUGAACGCGAGCGCGACAAUCGUGCAGGACGUGGCCCUUCAGCCGGCAGCGUCGGUCGUCGUUUGUCUCGAGACAAUAAUAACAAGAAAAAGCCACGUUUUUGCGAUACAGAAGAAGAUUGGGACCGUGAGCUCGAAGAAUAUGAUGGCAAGAGUGAUAAGAAGCAGAUAGGAGAGUCACCCACUAAAACCAGCGAAAAUACAAGCAGUAUAGAGAAAACUGCAGGCGAUAAUAGUAAAACCACCACCAGCAGCACCACUACAAAUGAUACGGACAAAGUGGAAAAACAAGCGCUGCCGGCAAAUGAUAAGAAAACCGAAACUAAAGACAUUAAGGAGGACAAUGAAACUAAAGCAGCAAAACCUCACACAGUUAACACGCCGCCGGCAACAGUAGAUGAUAGUGAUAAAAAUACUAAAUCUGCCACACCACUUUAUGAUGAACUACCGCCACCGAAGGCCAACACCACAAAUAAACCAGCUAAUGAAACGACGACAGCAGCUGAUGCAGCACCAGCUGACAACGUGAAACCAGCAACAUCAGCAGCUGCUGCUGCCCCAGCACCACCAGUAAUAGAGAAAUCAUUACCAACACCAGCAGAAACUGUUAAACCAGCAGUAACAGCUGAAAAACCAGCAGCAACAGCUGAUAAACCAGCAGAUACAAUUGCUAAGACCUCGGAACAGCCAUCACCAGCCGUCACCAACUCAAGCAAUAACACAAAGGAAUCUGUUACACAAAGUAGUAGUGAAGUGGUGAGUGGUGAGAGUAAAUCUGCAGAAUCUUCUGCUAGCGAUAAAGUUGAUGCUGCUGAUACAUCUGCUACUGCUGCUGAAGCUUAAAAAUAUCCUUAAGCCUUCAGUGCCAUGGCAACGAGUUAAACAACAACUAGAACAAUUUAGUAACAUAAAUUCUCCAACAAGAAGGAAAAAAAGAGAUUUUAAAUGUAUAUUAAUUUAAUUAUAAAACUCAGCAAACAUUAAAAAGGACAACACACAAUUAAAAACAUAAUAAUAAUAAUAUAAUUUGUAUCCCCCUAUAUUAGUAAUACACGCAAAAACAAAACAAAAAUUAAAAAUUAAAAAUAUUCAUUUAAAAACUAAAUUUAUUGAGAAAUGAAAAUUUGCUAAAUUAGUUUGGUUUUCUUCUACAUUUUAUAUAAUUUUUCUGUCUCGUUUUUGGAAUUCAUACAUACCUGCUUAUGUAUAUGUAUUUCUUUUUCUCUUCCUUACAUAAUUGUCUAAUAUUAUGUAUUUGCAUUAUUUAAGUGUUAUGAAAUAUGUAAUUUAAUUUAAAAUGAAAAGCUCUUCCUGCUUAAAAUCUGAAAACAUCAUGCUAACCAUAACUAGCAAGCAGAUUGUUUUUAACCUUAAUUGAGAACAAACAAAAUACAUAUUAAUUUAUAAUACAACAUGUUUAAUUAGUUUUAUUACCAGCUUUUUAUUUCCUUAAGUUUUGCUCUAUUUUAUAUAAUCCUGUCUGUUUUCCUCUUCUACAUAAACAAAAUUCCCUAGUUUUUUCCUCCAAAAUCUAAGCUAAAUUUAAUUUUUAACUACAUAUAACUCUUUUUUUUCAAACUAUAAAGAUUAACAAAAAAAAAAGGAAAAAGAAAAAUAUUUAAAUUAUAAAAAAAGAACUUAAGCAUUAAUAUUAUUCACAUUUAAAGAAGAAGAAAAAAUCUAUAAUAAAAAAGUAAACAUAACGUAAAAUA